UUUUUUUUUUUUUAUUCUCUCUCACACAUACACCCAACACAUAUUUUCAAUUUAGACGCACACUUUGGCUUCAACCAAUCGUGCCUCACCACCGUCUCUCUUCCUAAAAAAUCUCUCUCUUCUAAUUAAUUUCGUCUCAGAAUUUUCUUCGUUUCUUCAAAACGACGUCGCUUAAGUCAAUGAUUACCUCCUCCAAUAUUUUCGAUUCACUACGCAAUUCGUUAGUCUAGGGUUUUGAUACGAGCUCAAAAUUCACCAUGGAUGGUGGUAAUUCCAGCUCAGCUAUGUCCCUACCAUGUGUACAACAACCACACAAUAGUCAAAGGUUAGAAAGUAGUGCUGCAACAUCGGAACAGUGUAGUUCCGUACAUUAUAUGAGCGAUUCUCAGCUGGUCGCAGUUCCGUAUACGGUCGCCGGAGGUUCUCCGACUACGGUCGCCGGACUUGAUAAGCGGAAACGAGGUCGGCCGCCACGUCAGCAGGCGGCGAAACCACCACCUCCGGCGAAGAAACCGCGAGAAGAAGAUGAAGAUGUUUGCUUUAUAUGUUUUGAUGGUGGUUCUCUUGUACUUUGUGAUCGCAAGGGGUGUCCAAAGGCAUACCAUCCAGCUUGUAUUAAGCGGGAUGAGUCUUUUUUUCGCUCCAAGGCUAAAUGGAACUGCGGUUGGCAUAUUUGUAGUGUGUGUCAAAGAGCUUCCCACUACCUGUGCUAUACUUGUACAUAUUCAUUGUGCAAGGCAUGUACAAAAAAUACUGAUUACUUGUGUGUUAGAGGAAACAAAGGCUUUUGCUCUACGUGCAUGAGAACUAUCAUGCUGAUUGAGAACAAAGACCAAGCAAAUAAGGAAAUGGUAGAUUUUGAUGACAAAAGCAGCUGGGAGUAUCUCUUCAAGGUGUAUUGGGUGAUCCUAAAGGAAAAGCUAUCGUUAACACUUGAUGAACUUGUUCAAGCUAAAAAUCCAUGGAAAGAAUCAGUUGCAGUACAUGGUAAGCGGCCGCUACUGCCUUAUGGUCAUUAUGUUGCAAAUGAUGGCAAAGGUGUUGCAGGCAAGUCAUUUGACCAUUUAGAGCAGAAGAGACCCAUAGAACUGUUAGAGCUAUCUAAAAAGGAUCCUCCAACCACUGAAAGCAGAACAAUUGCAGAGUCUAAUAAUGCGAGCAUUCUCAGUUCUACUUCUCAGUCAGAGCUAACAAAGCCUGCUGAAGAGCUAGCGUUCCUGAAUGAAGAUUGUUUGAGGACAAAACAGGGAAGCACUGCUGUGCAGACAUCAGUGAAUGGAUGCACGGAGUGGGCAUCAAAGGAGCUUUUGGAUUUCGUUGCACAUAUGAAGGAUGGUGAUACUUCUGCUAUAUCUCAGUUUGAUGUGCAGGCACUUCUGCUUGACUAUAUAAAGAAAAAUAACCUUCGAGAUCCUCGACAGAAGAGUCAAAUAAUUUGUGAUUUGAGACUCAAAAGCCUUUUUGGUAAGCCACGUGUUGGCCACAUAGAAAUGCUGAAGCUUCUCGAGUUUCACUAUCUGAUAAAGGAGGAUCCAGAGAAGAGUGCUUUUAUUCCAGCUGGAAUUGUUGGAACAGCGACUGGCCAUGUGGUACCUGAUGAUAGCAAUGCCAUCUCUUCAUCUAAAAAACGCAAAAGUCGUAAAAAUGGUGAAGUAAAAAUGGCCCAGAUUAAUCUUGAUGAAUAUGCUGCAAUUAAUGCUCACAAUAUAAAUUUCUUAUAUUUGCGGCGUGAUUUGAUGGAAAAUCUUGCUGAGGAUGUGGAGAAGUUCCAUGACAGAGUCAUUGGCUCAGUUGUCCGCAUAAGAAUACCUGGUAACGAUCAGAAGCAGGAAAUUUAUAGGCUUGUCCAUGUUGUAGGUACAUGUAAGUCAUCUGAACCAUAUAAGUUAAGAGAUAAGACAGUUGAUGUACUACUUGAAGUAUUGAACUUAGACAAGAAAGAAGCCUUAUCCAUUGAUUCUAUUUCAAAUCAAGAUUUCUGUGAGGAUGAAUGCAGAAGAUUACGCCAGAGUAUAAAAUGCGGGCUUGUGAAAAGGCCUACUGUAGGUGAGAUACAGAAGAAAGCUAUGGAACUCCGGGCAGUAAAACUCAAUGAUUCCCUGGAAGCAGAGAUAUUACGGCUCAGUCAUCUUCGUGAUAGAGCAAGUGAGAAGGGGCACAAGAAAGAGCUCAGAGAAUGUAUAGAGAGGUUAGAGCUUCUGAAGACACCUAAGGAGCGCCAGCGGAGGCUACUGGAGAUUCCAGAAGUGCAUGCUGAUCCAAAGAUGGACCCGGAUUAUGCAUCUGAAGGAGAUGAUGGAGAAUACAAUGACAAGAGAAAAGUUAAAUAUCCAGCACCAAGAUGCACUCGGAUUAGUAGAAGGGAUGAAAAACUUCUGUCUUCAGGGAGUCUAGUUAAAGAAGAGGGAUCUAUCAUGGCUCAAUGUAGAAUGAGUGAGAAAAGAGAAGCUUGUGGAACUAAUAUCAUGGACAAGCAAGGAAAACAACUUACUGUUGAACAGGCUGUGGAUAGGUCUGGAUCUGAAACUUCAAUUACUAGUCUCUCUACGGUGAACUCAUCAUCCGUUAACGGUAGUGAAACUGAAAAACUGUGGCAUUACCGAGACCCUGCUAAACGAAUACAGGGACCAUUUUCCGUGAUGCAGUUGAGGAAAUGGAAUACAUCGGGGCUUUUUCCUCCUGAUAUGAGGAUAUGGACAAAUCAUGAGCAUGAAGACUCAAUACUUUUAACUAAUGCACUGAAGGGGCUUUUCCAUAAAGAAUCUCAAGUGCAUGAUAAGACAUCAAGCCAGUCACGGGUACCAGCUGCCUCAGAUAGUAGAACUUGUGUUAGUUGGUCUGAGAGUGCUGGCGCAGGGGUAGAAUGUCGAAAAAGGGAGAUACCUGGGCACCUCCAUAAUGCAAAUCACUGUUCAAAUGGUAACACAGAGUUUACGAGGAUGAAUGGGUUGUCCCCUUCUUUUCCACAAUGCGUGGACUCGUUGAAGGGAAACAACUCUUGUUCUGACAAACCUCAAUUGUCGAGCACCCCUUCAUCUAGUCAGCGGGAGGUGAUUUUAGCUCUUCCACGCCAAAGAGGACAUGAAAAUGAUAAUUGUCGUUCUGUGGCAGAUCAAGGAACUCAGAAUUCACGUAAAAGCACAUUGUGCUAUGCACAAUCUAACAGUCGGAAUUUAGGCCCGCCUUCUGAUCAGAACGCGGGAUCUUUUACCAGUAAUAAAUGUUCAAUUAACGUGGAUUUUGGAUCUACUUUUGCUUCAGCUACCAAAUCAAGUGAUUCAUUUGAACAGAAAGGAAAAAUGAAUCUUCCAGACCUACCUAGUCCUACUCCAGAGACGAGCUAUGGUGACCUUGAAGCUCAGGCUGCUGAGAAACUGCUUUUGUUGAGUUCAGUUAUUCCCGGUUGUGGUUCAGAUAUUCAUGAUUUGCCAAGUCCUACACCUAUUUCAAACAGUGAAGCUCAAGGUGGGCAUGAAGCUGAAAAUAAAGAAUCUGGUCCGUCGAGUCUUCCUGACAGCGAAGCUCAAGGUGGGCAUGCAGCUGAAAAUAAAGAAUCUGGUCGGUCAAGUCUUCCUGUCAGCGAAGCUCAAGGUGGGCAUGCAGCUGAAAAUAAAGAAUCCGGUCGGUCAAGUCUUCCUGACAGCGAAGCUCAAGGUGGGCAUGCAGCUGAAAAUAAAGAAUCUGGCCCGUCAAGUCUUCCUGAUAGCGAAGCUCAAGUUGGGCAUGCAGCUGGUAAUAAAGAAUCUGGCCCGUCAAGUUUUCCUGACAGUGAAGCUCAAGGUGGGCAUGCAACUGAAAAUAAAGAAUCUGGUCCGUCAAGUCUUCCUGUUCAGGAAUCAGGCCAAAGGUGUAGUAGUGCUUCUAGUCCAGUGGUUGGUGGGGCCCAACUUCGUGUAAUAGCUGAUGAAUGGGGUAGAAAUUCACCGGGUGCGAAACCAUCUACUGAAGAAUGGGAUUCUGGUCUUGUCUCUGAUUCCUCACUGAAACCGACCGACACUGUGGGUGAUCAUGUUGCCACACCUACUUCAAAUGCCGACCAACUUACUGCAAAACCACAAGAAUGGGAUUCUGGUCUUGUCUCCGUUUCCUCACUGAAACCAGCUGAAGCAGUGGGUGAUCAUGUUGCCACACUUACUUCAAAUGCCGACCAACUUACUGCAAAACCAUCUACUGAAGAAUGGGAUUCUGGUCUUGUCUCCGUUUCCUCACUGAAACCAGCUGAAGCAGUGGGUGAUCAUGUUGCGACACCUACUUCAAAUGCUGGCGAACUUAAUCAUACUUCCCCAUCUCAUCCUGUGUCAAACUUUUUUGGUGAGCCUAUAGAGUUCAGUACUUUGGCUGAGGAAUCAGUGUCAGACCUUUUGGCUGAAGUUGAUGCUAUGGAAUCUCAAAAUCAUAAUGGUAUGGGUUCUCCUACUUCUGCCAUGAGAUGUGGUGAGGAGAUGAUACCUGGUUGCAAAACUGAUUGCUUUAGCCCGAUUGAGGAGCUGAGUCCUACGCAUGAUCCUGUAAGAAGUGAUGCCUUGAGCUCCACCGGAGAUCUACAACUUCCUUGUCAAUCUACUCUGACGGAUGAAACAGUUGGUGCAUCUCGAGCUGAUGCUUUUGAUCCAUUAAGGAGGUCUGGUGGAAAUUCAUCUACGAGCAGUGAGGGAGAAACCAAGUCAGCUGAUGUUUUGAUUUCCCAGGGGGAUGUUGGUUCCAAUAUACCUGCACCUUGUACCACGAGUCAAGCUACUGCAUUUUCUGCUAUGGGUCGGAGUAUAGGAUUUGAAGGUAUGACCAGUGGCCGUGGAGCAGCACCUGGAAACCCAAGUUGGGGUGGACCAGUUCACGGGUAUGCAAAUGUUGGUUUUGGGAGCACCCCGGGGGCUGCAUGGGGAAAUUCUAAUAUGAAUCGAGGUGCCCCUUUCACUGGGAAUCCGGUGUGGGAUAACCAGCGGAGGUAUGCAGGGGAAAGGUCUGGUGGUCCAAGAGACUGGGCUCUUCAAGGAGGAGAGUCAGGAUUUGGUAGGGGUAGGCCAUCAUGGAACAGACAGCAGCCAUAUGGUGGGGGAGGAUACUCUAGGCCUCCUCCCAAAGGCCAGCGAAUUUGUAAAUUUUAUGAGAGCGGGCGCUGCAAGAAGGGGGCGGCGUGUGACUAUCGACACCCGUGAAGGUGUAAAUUGAAGGCAAUUGCUUUCUUUUUGUAUAAUCAGAAAUUCUUUUUUGAGCAAGAAAUUGACAUGUAGCUAAAAUGUUAUUCCUAUAACUUAACUGAAAAGUUUCAGUUAAAGAUGGCAGAUUGCAAUUUUUUCUUCCGGACCGGUAUGUUAAGUUGGUAUAGUUUAGUUGCAGAUCUAAAUACUAUAUGUCCUUGUAUCCGUUUCAGUAAAGUUUAUCGAACUCAGAAGACAGCCAUAUGUAUAAGCUGCAGUAGUGAAUUUAUACAUGCAGAAGCGAUAGAGUUAACGUGA